UUCUAAAAAGAAAUUAUUGUUUUUUUUAUUAAAUCUUUUUAUUUCCGUUUCCUUCUCGAACCCACUAUUUCUCUUAUUUUCUUUGCCUUCUCCCUUAUCAUUUACUCCACCCUGAACAUUCUAGAACUAACCACAAAACCUAACGGCCGAUCCCUCGCAGUCGACGCGCCGUCUUCUACUCCGCUCACGGCGUUGGAAUCUUUCGGUUCAACUUUGUCUGGUCGAAUGAGCUACGUUUCUUACUUCUUGUUUGGUUGCUUUGAAAUUCUCGCUUCCUUUCAGUUAAGGCACGCCGAACGAAUCUAUAUAGCCGGAGAAAUCCUGUUUUAUAGGGUUCGGUUCUUAUAGCCGAGCCACAUGACAUCAUUACCGGCCGACCAACCCGGCGAGUCCCCCGCCGUUGGCGGUACUGUUAUCGAGUCCCAACGAUCUUUACCUACUCCGUUCCUUACCAAAACCUAUCAACUUGUUGAUGAUCCUUCCAUUGAUGAGUUGAUAUCAUGGAAUGACGACGGGUCGAGUUUCAUCGUUUGGCGCCCUGCUGAGUUCGCUGGUGAUUUGCUCCCUAAAUACUUCAAACAUAAUAACUUCUCUAGCUUCGUCCGCCAACUAAACACAUAUGGUUUCAGGAAGGUAGUGCCGGAUCGAUGGGAGUUCGCUAACGAUUGUUUUCGAAGAGGCGAGAAAGGGCUUCUGCGAGACAUACAGCGCCGGAAAAUAACUGUUACCGUUGCUGCUGCUUCCGGGACGGUGACCGUUGCGGCGGUUCCUUGUACCGAAGUAUCAGCAUCACCGUCUAAUUCGGGGGAGGAGCAGGUUGUUUUGUCGAGCACGCCUCCAGUCGCCACCGCUCUACAGCGGAGCACGAGUUGCACAACGAUGCCGGAGCUUUUAGAGGAUAACGACAGGCUUAGGAAAGAAAACAUACAGCUGAACCAGGAGUUGACUCGGUUGAAGGGACUGUGUAACAGCAUAUUCGCUUUGGUGUCGAACUAUGCUUCGGGUCAGUCGGAGAAUCACCAGAGCGUGGGGGAAGGGAAGGCGUUGGAUCUUUUGCCGGCGGGGGAUCCGGCAAGAGAGAUGGAGGAUGGUGGUUCGAAGGCGGCGAUGGAGACGGAGGAUGGGGAGCAAGGGGAGGCUGGGGAGGAUGUGACGCCGAAGUUGUUCGGAGUUUCCAUUGGGGUAAAGCGAAUGAGACGAGAGGGUGAGGAGCAGGACAAUAAUCAAGUACAGCAGCUGGUUGUUGAGCCUGGUUCUGAGGUUAAAGAUGAACCAUUGGAUGGGAAGACGGAUGAUCAGGAUUCCACGUGGCUGGAGCUCGGGAAGUAAUUCACAGAUCUGUCGUUUAUACUUGCAUGUCAAUGGGUGAAAGGAGCACGGUCUCGACAGGAGCGUUUUUCGAGGAAUCACGUGAUCGGAACCCGGAACGUGGCGGUGGCGUUCUGCAAUGUGAGAUUCUUCGGAUUUGGAUCCGGGUCUAGGCAUACAAGGGAGAGAACACCGAGUAUCAAAUCGGGUUGACCCGAGAACCAUUUUCUGAUAACAAAAACGAAGGAACCGGAUGAAGUAAAAGUCAAAUUCUCGGUUUGAUCCAUUUAAGACCGAAACCUUAAUUUGUACAAUUGUGUAUUUAAAGUCUUUAUUAACAUUAGGUUGGCAGAGGUUGGA